UGCAAACACUGAAUGCUGUCUCUUAAAAUUAUUUUUUAAUUAAUACACAUUACAUUCGGUGAAACCCAGUGAUUUACUUAUAAAUAAAAUUUGCCACAGAUUGUCCCAUCAGCCGUCAGGAAGCGGAUACCGAUGAUUGGUUGUUUAAUGGUUGCCCACGGCAAUGGAGCUAAUCGUUUCUUUAUGCAUCGUUCUCAGACUCUUGUCCAUCAGCGUUAUUGAGGGUAACCUUACUGACGACGAUAACCUGACUGACAGUGCGGGUACUUCACGGCCGUUGAAUUCUAGCUCUGGCAAUACCACCAACUUCAAUUCAUGGACAGAUUUAACAACAACAUUGUCAACGGUAACUCAAAGCGAGGUUCCGCCGCCAGCAGGUACACUGCCAAAUCUUCAAAUAAACGUUCAUUCUUUGUGUGUUUGCGACUUACUGGUGGAACAUUGUGAUAUAAAUUGCUGCUGUGAUCCAGACUGUAGACAAUCUGAUCGUUCCACUUUUACAACCUGUGAUAUUGAGAUCGUCACGGGUGACAAUAAGCUCUGCAAUCAAGAAGCAGCAAUGUAUUCUUUGGAUUGGAAUAAAUCUGUAUCCUUGAUCAACCCCAGCAUAUUUUGUAUUAAGACAAAUAAUUAUAAAGCAGGAUCUUUUUUUGCCCCAGAAGUGCCAACCACUCAUAAUUUUGACAGAUUAAUGAAACAAUUUGGUGGUUCUUCCUUCAGUACAUCAAAUUCACCGACUACAAGUACACCCAAGUCAACAGCAAGAGGUUAUCAGUAUGGGGUUCCUAUCAAAACUGUUGAUGAUUUUCUGAGACUUCCUGCUCCUCUGGCAACGUCUGAAUGCACUGACAAUAAUCCAGCAGGCUUUUUAGUAAAUCAGGCAACACACUGCAGUAGAAAAUUUGAUGUAGCAACAAAUUGCAGUAACGUUCCAGCAUUAAGCACACAACACUAUCUCCAUUUCAGUAUUUUGCCAACGCCCAAUGCAAGCUCGAACAGUGCUAUUCCUUUCCUUCUUACCUCUGUUAAUUUGAGAUCUCUAAAUGGAACAUUAGCACAUACAAAUGACCCUGAUUCUGACAAUUGGUUACCUCAUUUGCGUGAUGAUGUCUGCAUAAAUGUGGUGCUAGAGGUGAAUUAUAUCAUUGUAUAUAAUGAAAAAGGAAAAAUUGUAAAUGCCUCUGUUGCAUUCAUUCUUGGAGCCAUUGAAAAUAACAUGGUGCCAAUACAACAACAUUUCCAGAUUACAUUCAUUCAGGACAAUACAACAGGAGUUCCUCUCAGUGGAAAUCCAGGUUACAUUGUUGGACUCCCUGUCGUGGCUGGAUUUGGACCAAAUGCCUCAUUUGGUAUAAUUCAGACCAAAAACAGACUUGGGCAGCUGACUGUCAUUAAGAGUUCGACUAAGCAGGAUUGUUUAUGGAUGGAAGGACUUCGGACUCCAGUACUUUUUGGAUAUAAUUUACAUUCUGGUUGUAUAUUGCGAAUAACGAACAGCACAACAUGCCAACAGUGGUCACAAAUCAUUAGAAAUCUGUUAAUCGGCCAAAACUUUCCGAAAAUUGUGGCAUCGUUUGGAAAUUCUCAAGUCCAGUAUGCAAACGACUGGGUGACCAUCAAGCAAAUUAUCUCUAGAGCUCAGAGUUGUGAUUGUGAAGUUCCUCAGUCUUUAGUUCUCAGGGUGAUGUGGACCAAGUAUGGAUCCUUAAUAAACCCACAGGCUAAAAUAAUCGACGUCACGCAAACAAUCCGAAAAGCCUGCAUUAUGAUGCCUUUGAAAUCUGCAAAAACAUUACAUAUUUCUACCUCCGUUACGUUUACGGAUAUGUCAGCAUCUGCCCAACCUGGAUACAAAAUGAGGCCAACGAUCGAUGCUGAAUUACCCUAUGAUUUCUUCUUUCCUUUUUUGUGAAAGGACCUGAACUGCUCACGGAGGCAGGAUUAUAUUUAAACUUUUGCCUGAAAUUGAUCAUAUGUCUGCUUUAUAAACUUGAUUAUUUUUCAAACAUUUGAACUUCCGGUUGCAAUUCCCUCAAGUGUCAUUUUUCUACCUAGAUAUUGGAUCAAAUAAUUUGUAUUUAUUUAUAUUUUGUACAUUAAUGGAAGAACCAGCACAGGUUUCCAACUAGACUGCAUUUACAGAACAAGAAUUGUAUCUACAAGCAGGUCAUCUUUAACAGCACUGAAAUUCAUACACAUGCAGAGCAGAAAGUACUGUAAUAUUUAUAGCAUUAAUUAUUUUUAAGGAUUUUGGACACUAUUUAAACGGUAUUGUAAAUGGUCCGGUACCAUUAUUUUGUCUUUUUUUUUAAAUGAUGCUUUCAAUGCAGGGAGAAUUUUUAAAUCUAAUUUGUAUUUCUACAAUUCAUACCUGUCUUACCUUAGAACAAUUGUAAGAUGUGUAUGACCAUCUUCUUAAUUCAACCAUUUAUUUCAAGUUAAUCUUGU